GAGGAACUGAAAUCGCAGUAGCAACAGUAGCGAUCUCGUUCGAAUAUGAUUGCUGAUGCUCUCUCACAAGCAAGGGUUCUCGGCGAUGGAGAACAGCGCUUGAUGGGAUGGAAUAUUCCAACGUCCGAAUUAAGUCACAUCCCUGAGCACUGGCUCAAGUACCCCGAACCGGAACCUUCAUUACACUUUCUCCUGGGAUUAUUGUACGUUGUAUAUUUCUUCCUCUCUACCAUCGGAAAUGGGCUCGUUCUAUGGAUAUUUUCCACGUCAAAAUCAUUGCGAACACCGUCGAAUAUGUUUGUCGUUAAUUUGGCAUUUUGUGAUCUGAUAAUGCUCCUGAAGGCACCACUGUUUAUUUACAACGCUUUUAACAAAGGAUAUGCUACCGGUCAUCUGGGAUGCCAGAUAUUUGCUACAGUCGGUUCUUUGUCUGGAAUUGGUGCAGGAAUUACCAAUGCCUGCAUUGCUUACGACAGAUAUACUACCAUCACGAAUCCUUUGGAAGGGAGAUUGAGUGCUACCAAAGCCAGCUUUAUCAUAUUUUUCAUUUGGGUGUAUACAAUGCCCUGGGUGUUAUUGCCGCUUUUGGAAGUGUGGAAUCGUUUCGUUCCUGAGGGAUUCUUAACAGCAUGUUCGUUCGACUAUCUGACAGACAACUUCGAUACUCGUCUAUUUGUAGCGAGUAUAUUUGUAUGUUCCUACGUCAUCCCUAUGGCCUUAAUCAUAUAUUACUACAGUCAGAUAGUAACUCAUGUGAUAAGACAUGAGAAAGUGCUUAAAGAACAGGCUAAAAAAAUGAACGUUGAUUCUUUGAGGAGUAAUCAAGCCCAAGCGAAUCAAUCAGCGGAAAUAAGAAUUGCCAAAGUGGCAUUGACAAUCACAUUCCUGUACGUGGCAGCGUGGACACCUUAUGCUGUCGUUUCUAUGAUAGGAGCAUUCGGAGAUCAAUCCCUUCUUACUCCUGGAGUGACCAUGAUACCAGCUUGUUUCUGUAAAUGCGUCGCAUGCUUUGACCCAUAUGUGUACGCUUUAAGUCAUCCUAGGUACAGACUUGAGCUGCAAAGACGUUUGCCUUGGUUAGCCAUCAAUGAAGCACCCAUUAGCGAUAACGCUUCUGUUACGACGGAGGCAACAAAUCCAAAUAACGCAACUAGAACUUAAACUUGUUGCAAAAACUGAAAAUUACACUCGGAUGUCGGCCUAUGCUAUGAAUUACGGACACGAAAUAAACAAAAAUGUGCAAUAUAAAAAUUUGUACCUGUCGUAGUACUAAUAAUAAUAAUAAGAUGAAUAAUAAACUUUCUUGCUGCAAUGAUA